AUGAAUGAAAAUUGCAUUUGGUUGGUUGGAGAUGUCAUCAUUACGGAUGAAUACGAUUACGAUUAUUUGAAAGAGCGGUUUGCCAAUAUUACACGUUUGAGUGGAAGUCUCAAAAUUCAAAAUACCACCUUCACAGAUUUGGGAUUUCUGAAAAACUUGACUUUGAUUGAUCAGAACUUGCAAAAAACUGACAAUCCCGCGAAUGUCGAGAUAAAGAACAAUCUGAAGUUGACAAAUCUUGGAUUUUCGCCGAAAAUCGAUGGGAUCAACAUUGAAAUUGUCAAUAAUCCGAAUAUUUGCAUUUCGCCUCAAGACCUCGUCAAAAUGACGGACACCGAGCAGAAUUCUGACAAGAUAUUCGACGUGAAGCUCUGCGAGAAUUCCGAAUCGCCCGAGUCUUAUUGCAUCAUUCCAAAGUCGGGACUCUUGAAAGAUUUCCCUAAUUACUGCGUAUAUCUUUUCGGUGAUUUGGUGAUCGACGAGAAUUUCGAUUUUGCAAACUCCUAUAAAUUAAACAGUGUAAUCGCCAUCUACGGCACAUUGAGAAUUGAAAAUUCGAAAAUUCGAACAGCGAAUUUCCUGCCAAACCUCAAUAGGAUAUAUGCAAUCCAACAAAAACGACCGCCGAUGGAAAUCAUUGACAAUCCAUAUUUAUACCUGAUGUUUGAUAAUCAUUUAAUUCGAGAAAUCUAUAGCACAUUGCCGAUUUAUAUAACCAAUAAUCCUCGCCUUCGAAUUUCCUCAUUCUCAUGUAUGACUAUGAUGACAUGGAAAAUGGCGAAUGUUUCAAAUAAUCUCCUCAAUUGCAACGAGACAACCGACAUUCUGAAAGUCCCAUUUGAUUCAACACCACUCAAUUCGGACGUGUAUUUCGGCAUUCCUCGAUAUUACACAAUGGCGAAUUCGCCAGCUGAUCAUCAAAGUGAUCCUGGAAGUCAAAUAGUGCCGAACGAGAAUGAACCAGCGGAAACGAGCGGGGAAUCGGAGCCGAAUGAAAAAUGCCAAUCUGACUCAUUCGCCAAUCCGGAACACGAAUAUUCUCAUUCAAUCUAUAUCAAUAGUAGCACUAAACAUCUACCAGAAAUUUUCGACACAAUCGAUACUGUAAAAGGAGUGAUAAUGGAAGGACCGUCGGAUAUCACUGUGCAUGAGCUUAAAGUCUUCUUCGAAAAGAUUAUAUUCUUCCAAGACUCGAUUAUAGUCAACAACACCAAUUAUGACGAUCUUUCAUUUCUGAAUCCAUAUCUUAUUGAAUCUGUUAAAAACAAGUUCACUAUUAUAAUCAUGAAUAAUCCGAAUUUGAAGAGAAUUGGAAUGCCGAUAAAAAACUGCCGAUUCUGCUAUGGUUGGAUUCGAAUUGAAGACAAUCCGUUGUUGGAUUAA